ACGAGCUGCUGUGUGCCUGCGACGUGCCGCACUGCGGCGUGCCCACCUGCACGGGCAAGGUGUGCUUCGUCAGCAAGAGGAAGGAGGAGGGGACCAUCACGCAGCACCGGGGCUGCUUCUCCCAGAACAUCCUGGAGAACUGCCACACGCCCGUGACAGAGCAGUACGGCAUGAGGUGCUGCAAGUCCAGCAUGUGCAACGCCAAGCUGGAGAUCUUCCUGCAAGGAGAAGAGGACCUGGGAAAAACGCCUUCCCUGCCCAACCUCCUCCUGAUGAUCUUCGUCCCGCUGCUCGCCCUCCUCGUCCUCGCGGUGCUCGCGGCGCUCUUCUGCUGGAAGGUGGCUCAGCACCGCCAGAAGAAAAGCGACUUGGGAGACAUGGACCUCAUGCUGAAGGCAUCCAUGGUGGGGGACAGCACUUUGGAGGACUUGCUGAACGACGACUGCACCACGGGCAGCGGCUCGGGGCUGCCCUUCCUCGUCCAGCGAACGGUGGCUCGGCAGAUCACGCUCGUGGAGUGCGUGG